AGAUUAAUUUCUCAGGGAACCAGCUCUGAAACCUCUCCCUGAUCCAGAUCCAGUCCCCAUCCUGAGCCAGAACCAGGACAAAACCUCCAUGUUAUUCAUGCACCAAAUGUGUUUCAACACACGUACAUCUUUGUAGCUUCGUUUUCUUUUUCUUUUUUUUUAAUCUCACGCUUUCGGUUCAGUUUGUAACAUUUUCGUGUUGUUAAUAAAGAUUUAAAAAGUUAUCCUCGGAGUGGCCAAUCACAAUGAGGCGGUUUCUCCCGCUGCAUUCAGGGAUACUGUGAAUUUCCACAGUAGUAUCUUGGGUCGCUUAAGAAAGUGGAGAAAACGCCUGGAAAUACAUUUAUUAUACAAUCAGAAAAUUAGCUAAAUAAAGAAAGUUGUGAUUGUAUCCAUUUCUUAUGCGGAGGAUUUAGAGGGAGAAAAUCCCAAUCUCUCCCGAUGAAGUGUCCCGCCAUCCGCGGGUCUGUGAACGCAGCAUGAGUGAACACCACAGGCGAGCAGCGGAACCCGGAGUUCAGGAAACAUCCUCAUAAAAAACUCCGGCUCUGCGGCUCUUUUGUCGGUCGGUUCCGACGGGACGUCGGGAAAAGGUCGCCUCCUGUCCGCCUGACGGCUCCAGGCUGAGGGGGACUCGCUGCGGUCCGGGCCGGCUCGCUGCCUGCUAGCUAGCUAGCUAGCAUGCCGCUUCCUCGUCCGUUGGCGUCUAUCUGAGCCCGUCAUGACCGAGUUAAGAUGUCGGAAAUCGGAAAGUUUCGAAGGAGACGCCGACGAGGAGGAACGACGGAGCGAGUCGGAGCCGCACGACAAACGUGUGCUGUCCGGGGAGGAGGAGGAGGAUGCAGCCGGUGGUGGCGAGCCCGGUCAGCGUGAGGAAGAGGAGGCAUCCAAAGCGGCCCCGCCUGCUCCGAAGCCCAAAAACACCUCAUUUGGAUCAGUUUUCCUGCAGUGCCUGGUGAGGGUCUUCUUCGGGUGGAUGGCGGCGGUGGCCUGCGGGAUGCUUUACGCCGCCUACCUGUCGGCCUACCACGACAGGAAGUUUUGGUUUUCGACCCGACAGGAGCUCGAGCGUGAAAUGUCUUUCCAGGGAGGCAGUGGACUCUAUUAUUACUACUACAAGCACAUGCUGGCCGCUCCCUCCUUUGAAAGAGGCUUUUAUGAGCUGACUGUCGAUAACAAGACAGUUUCAGGCCAGACCAUCAACGCAGUGGAGCGUUUAUUUCUUUACCCAGAACUCAUCACGAGCUUCAUUUACAGAGUCACAGACAGCCAGGACUUUGUGGAACCCGUCUACUUCUACAUCGGAGCGGUUUUCGGCCUGCAGGCGGUCUACGUCACCGCCCUGUUUGUGUGCAGCUGGGUGAUGAGCGGCAGCUGGGUGGCCGGCAUGCUGGCCGUGUCCUGGUACGUCAUCAACAGACCAGAUACCACCAAAGUGGACCAGGCCAUCCCCCUGCGGGACAACUGGGCCCUGCCUUACCUCUCCUGUCAGAUCACCGCUCUGACCGGCUUCCUGAGCAACAACAUCAGCUCUGCUGCUGAGAUGUUCUGCUAUCUCACCAUGAGUGCCACCACCUUCACCUUCCUGCUGGUGUGGGAGCACGGCCACUACGUGCUCUUCGUGCAGGGCCUCUGUCUCUUCCUGCUGGACUCCUUCGACAUGGUGCCACCCCGGAAGAUGGCUGACAUUCACAAGGUGUACCUGAGCUCCUUGUUCCUGGCCUACCUGUUCCAGUUCCAGAACGCCGCCCUGCUCGGCUCGCCUCUGCUCAGCCUCCUAAUUGGCUCGGUGCUCGCGAGGUACUUCCAGCAAAAGAUGAAGAUGGGUCCCCUGGUGGCCCGAGUGAUGAAGCUGUUCCUGCACUUCCACCUGGUGUUCACCACCGGCAUCACCUUCAGCUACGUGGCCAAAAAGCUUGCUCCUGUCAGUGAGAGCGACUUCUUGUUGAAGUUCCUAGAAGUAAAGUUUGGGCUCAACACGACGACCGACUUUGUCACCAACUUCCUCUUGUGCCAAGACGGCCUUCAGACGCCGGGCCAGGACUUAUUCCUGCGGCUGACGCAGGCUUCGGUUCUUCCCUUCUACCUGCUGGUGCUCGCCGUGUGCCUCCUGUCCACGCUGCAGGCGGUCUACAGGAGGCUCAGUGGCCAGCCAAUCAGCAGCACCCACAGACUGGAGGACGGGCGCAUCGGCGAGCAGCCGGCCGUCGCCUACCACGUCUUCCACUCGCUGCUGUUCGGAGGCCUGGCUCUGCUGUUUGAUGGGAUGAAGUAUUUGUGGACGCCGUACGUGUGCAUGUUCACAGCCUUCGGGGUGUGUUCCCCCGACCUCUGGAUGACCAUCUUUAAAUGGCUCAGACUCAAGUCCAUCCACCCCGUCGUCUUGUCUCUGAUCCUGAGCACAGCUGUUCCCACCAUCAUCGGCUUCAGUUUGUGGAGAGAGUACUAUCCACGCGUCCUAGAAGAGCUGGCAGAGCUGCAGGAGUUCUACGACCCGGACACAUUUGAGCUGAUCAGCUGGAUCAGGUCACAGGUUCCAGUGGCAGCUGUGUUUGCAGGCAGUCCUCAGCUGUUGGGAACAAUAAAGUUGUGUUCUGGUUCGGCCGUCAGCAGCUUACCACUUUACACGGACAUCAGCCUGCUGAAGAGGACUGAAGACACCUACCAGGUGUACGCGAUGAGGUCUGCCGAGGACGUUUACAAACUUCUGACCGCUCAGAAAACAAACUAUGUAAUCAUUGAGGAGUCGAUCUGCAAUGAGCUCAACUUCCAGAAGGGCUGCAGAAUCAAAGACCUGCUGGACAUCUCCAACGGACACGUGAUCCACAACAAAGGGGAGAACUUCUCCUUCUCCAAGCACGGACGAUUCUGCCACGAGAUGAAGCUGAACUACUCGCCCUACACCAACUACUUCACCCGGGUCUUCUGGAACCGCUCGUACCACGUCUACAAAGUCAACCCCGUCAUCUCCUUCCAGUACUGACGGCGGCCGCCGUCUCCAUGGAGACCCGCCAUGACCCUCCCGUGUUUCCUCCGUGUCUGCAGACGCUCAGUCUGCAGGGAGCCGCCACAUUGAUCACUGUACUGUAGUUUUUGAAGGCGUUUGUUGAUGUUACUGAGGCGGCGUUAGUGAUGGGAGUCUGUUUGCUUCCGCUCUCAUCCUGGGAUCCGUCGCUCCGCGCUGCCUUUUUCUGCUUCGUAGCCUCGGUUGUAAUGUUCUUGGUCCAAUGUUUGCACAUUGAUUUCGGUCUCCCUAGAAGGGAAAUCAAGAUCGGUUGGUUUGCAGGUGCAGCCAUCAUGGCAUCAGCCAAUAGAAAAACGAGCUGAGUAGAAGCCAUGCCUCUUUAAUUUUUAUUGUCUGAUGCAUGUUGAACACAAAGAAUGACAUGGUUGUCUCUAGGUUUAGGGGCUCAGCCCCUGAUCCAGUCAUAUAAAGGCAUAUAAAACAGCAUUUCUCUUACAGCUACAUGGGGGAACCUUCUGUGAGCAGCUCCACAGCUGCUCUGAUCCUAAAAUGGACACUUUGA